CUCAGGAGAGGAAGCGAAUACAGCAACAGGCUUUUGAACUUGUGCCGCUACUUACUAUUUACAUGUAAACAAUGCGUGAUGUUAACGGCAGAGUUUUAAUUUUUUAAGCAUGGCUUCUCCAACCUAGACGGCUCCAUGCUGAUAUCACUUUUUAAUGGAAAUAUGUUUUUAAAUCGACCGGUUCUAUUUGGUCUUGUAGCCUACAAAAUAAGCGUUUACAAGAAGACCUCGGUGGAAGGAUCCGGAAUCUCUUUCGUUCCUGCCUCAUCAGUGUGUUAAAUAUAUAGCCUAGUGCCGUUGGUCGGUAUUAUAUUUUCAAGUUCAAAUUUCGGUUCUUGCGCGCCCGGGUUGGACUGUUUCCUGCAGUGAUUCGAUGGGGAUGUUCAAACUUUGAAGAGCGGGAAGGCGACUGAGGCGGAGAGAAACAGCAGGAGAGAGAGCGAAAGACCGUCAGAAGAAACGGCUGGAGAGAGGAAGAGGAGGGGAGGAUCGGAGAGGAGAGGAAGAUGGAGUCUCCCUCCCAGGAUCAGUCGGCAACAGUCGAGGAGCUGGUGGAUGCCUGCAUCAAAGCCUUCGAUGACAAAGGCACUGUGAAGGACCCCACCCAGGUGCGGAUGUUCCUCAUGAUGCACCCCUGGUACCUCCCUUCUACUGACCUCGCCCGAAUGCUGCUGCAGAAAUCCCAGGAAGAGAACUGCACUGCUGAGCACCGCACUAGAAUCUGCCACCUCGUCAAGUACUGGAUCUCAGAGUUCCCGGCUGAGUUUGACCUGAACCUGGAGCUGGCAGAGCAGAUCAAAGGCCUGAAGGACCUGCUCACUCUGGAGGGCAACGAGCGUCAGAGUCGUCUGAUCGACAUCGAGAAUGUGCCCUCGUAUGAGUGGAAACGCCAGGUGACGCAGCGUGUGCCAUCUGUCUCCAAGAAGAGGAAGAUGUCCUUGCUCUUCGAUCACCUGGACUCCUGCGAGCUCGCAGAACACCUCACCUACCUGGAGUACAAGUCCUUCUGCAAGAUCCUGUUCCAGGACUACCACAGCUUUGUGAUGCACGGCUGCACGGUGGACAACCCCAUCCUGGAGCGCUUCAUCACCCUGUUCAACAGCGUGUCCCAGUGGAUCCAGCUCAUGGUGCUGAGCAAGCCCACCGCAGCCCAGAGGGCCACCGUCAUCUCACACUUCAUCCGCGUGGCCCAGAAACUGCUGCAGCUGCAGAACUUUAACACCCUGAUGGCGGUGGUGGGGGGCCUAAGCAACAGCUCCAUUUCCAGGCUCAAAGACACACAGACACACAUCAGCAGCGAGACUAACAAGGUGUUCAACAACCUGACGGAGCUGGUGACGUCCUGCGGGAACUACAGCCAGUACCGCCGGCGCUUCGCCGAGUGCUCGGGCUUCCGCUUCCCCAUCCUGGGCGUCCACCUCAAGGACCUGAUCGCCGUGCACGUGGCGCUGUCGGACUGGGCCGACCCGGCCAAGACCCGGGUCAACCUGGCCAAGACCCAGCAGCUCUACGCCAUCCUGCAGGAGCUGGCCAUCGUCCAGGCCACGGCCCCCAGCGUGGACGCCAACACCGACCUGCUCAACCUGCUCACGGUGUCUUUGGACCAGUACCACACAGAGGAGGAGAUCUACCAGAUGUCUCUACAGAGGGAGCCUCGCAGCUCCAAACCAGCGGCCUCUAGCCCCGCCCCUGGCCCCACCCCUAAGCCCACGAUGAUAGAUGAAUGGGCGUUGUCCGUGAAGCCCAAAGCUGACCCGGCGAUCAUCACCAAACACAUUGAGAAGAUGGUGGAGUCUGUGUUUAAGAACUUUGACACGGACGGGGAUGGACACAUCUCCCAGGAGGAGUUUGAAAUCAUCAGGAACAACUUCCCGUAUCUCAGCAAAUUUGGUGAACUGGACAAAAACCAGUGAGUAGAAAUCACAAGGAUGAUAUGGGGCUUUUACAAGCAAGGAUACAAAUGUAAAGCGUGUGGGGUGAAUUGCCACAAGGCGUGCCGGAAUCGGCUGGCGGUGGAAUGCCGCAAACGGACAAAGAGCAUCAGCCACGAGACUCCGCCCUCUCUCACUGCGCGGUCCUAUAGCUUCCCUCUCCCAGCCAAUGCCCCGCCCAGCCUAAAGGACUCAGUGAUCGAAGAGGAGGAUAUUGAAUCUGUAGAGGAGGGAGUCUUCGAUGUGCACCUAUAACCAGCUACCCUUGGAACUUUAACCAAGGGGAGGACGUUGCACUGAGAACAACAGACUGAGAAGAUGCCUGAACGCUGCCACCCUGUGGGACAAUAUUGCAACUACACUCUAGCGCCUUCCAUUAACUGACCACGGAUCUGGGUUUUGGUGUUUGACUGGAUUGUGCAUGUGUUUAUGAUCUUCAUUUCGGUAUAUUUCUAUAUCUCUAUCCAACAAUAUUGUUUCUCGCUCUUCCUCUCUUUCUAUCCAGCGUAGUCUUCCUCUUGAAUGUUCAGCACCAGUGAAAUGAGAAAAUUAAGUCAGAGUAAGACUGUAGCUUCUCAGGAGGACUAUUAAAUUGAUUGUAAUAACGGUUUUCACAGAAUGGUGCUCCUGAGGUCAGACAGUCUAUCUGCCUUGGUCCUAAUAGUUGUAAUCCUUGUUUAUAGGAUUGCAAUUUGCAUGGCUUCGGUUAUGAAAAGCGGAACCUUUUCUCCUUAGCGGGAACGAGUCCGCUUUGAAGAGGAAGGAACAAUAGAAUAUAAUUUCACAGAAGAUGGCAGCAAUUAAGAAGUCCUGUAUAUAUUAUAAACUUCAUCAGUUAAUGGUUAAUAGUUUCACUGAUUCUACUGCUAAUACUAAUCUGUGUUUUUUUUUAUUUUAUCAGUUUAAUCUUGAUAUUUAUCACCGUGACUGUUGUGGUGCAAUAUGCUAAUGCUUGAAUGUAGUGCCUCAUACUAUUCCCCCCCCCCCCCCCCAGUACUUGGAACACUGUAUUAAUAAUUCAUUUGUGGUGAGGAUUUUGACGGUGUAAUAUUAGUAUAAUACGGUGUACAGUCUCUGUGUUUGGUGUAUUCAGCUGGGCUGGGUGGUCGGAGCAUCUCUAUGUGGCAGUAAUAUCAGUUAUGACUUUGGUGUCGUAGGUGCAUGGACGUGUACGACGGACUGUUUGGCCAGUGCUAGUGACAGAACUCAUUAACCACAAUAAUCGGUGGCCCUACAUCGAGUUGUCAAUCACUUAUUUGAACCAAUCAAUGGCUUUGUUAUGUCUCACAAGGACAGCGUGAUUGGUUCAAAAUAGUGAGUCACCGAUAAUGUGAUUUGGUUUUGGGGUUCUCAGAAGUAUCACUCUGGCUGUGUUCCAAACCGCAUACUAGCAUACUACUCGUACUAGAUCUCAGACUCAUUUUCAUUGGUAUGUUGUAGGAAUAGUACGCUAAGUAUGCGGUUUUGAACACAGUCUCUCUCUUUAUUAGUGAAUGCCAAAUUAGUUCCCCUUGCUGUAAGCUGGGCAUGGAAUAGAUCAAGUCACUUAUUAAUUGGUUGGGUAAAAAAAAUAAAAACAUUGGUGACCCAGUGAUGUUUUUCCCGGCUUUCUAAACUUCCAACCUUGUGCGUGUGUGUUUUAUAAAUGUUCUUAACCAAAUAUACUGAACCUGUACAUGCAGUUUGCCUGUCUGUAUGUACCUUGUCCUUGAAACUCACUCCUUAUGCAUUGUGUUUGUGUGUUUGUGCACACAGAAGUUUUAUAUAUCAGUGAGAUGUUUCGCUUUCGGUCUGAAAUGAAACUCAUUUCAGAAAUGCCAAAUGAAUAAAAAGGAAGGUUAUGAUGAACUCAAAGAA